AUGGGGUCCUUCAGCCGACAGGAGUUCUUCCAUGAGCUUGCGGAGGGCUGUCUUCUGCCCACCGCUCAGCAGGGCCUGGAGCAGGUCUGGCAGCUUCUGGUCAUCUGCCUUCUAUGCCGACUUCUCUGGAUUCUGGGCCUCCCCUCUUAUGUGAAACACCUGAGCACCGUGGCAGGAGGGUUCUACACCCUGUACCUGUUCUUUGAGCUCCACAUGGUGUGGGUGGUGCUGCUCAGUCUACUAUGCUACCUCAUCCUCUUCCUCUGUCGGCACUCCAGUAACCGGGCCACCUUCCUCUCCAUCACCGUCCUCAUCUACCUGCUCAUGGGAGAGAUGCAUAUGAUGGACACCACCACCUGGCACAAAAUGAGAGGUUCCCAGAUGGUGGUAGCUAUGAAGGCCAUUUCUCUGGCCUUUGACCUGGACCGAGGUGUGGUGACCAACGUGCCCUCUCCUGUGGAGUUCAUGGGCUACAUCUACUUCGUGGGAACUGUCAUUUUCGGACCCUGGAUCAGCUUCAACAGCUACAGAGAGGCUAUAGAGGGCCGCAAGCUGAGCUUCUCCUGGAUAUGGAAAGUGUGUGUCAGCUGGGUGAAGAGCCAACUGUGUCUGGUCAUCUCGAAUUGUGUUGCUCCCUACCUUUUCCCUUACUUCAUCCCUAUCUAUGGGGACAAGCUGCUACACAACAAAACAAAACAGAAGAUCAGCUGGCUCCUAGCCUACGAGAAUGCACUCUCCUUCCACUUCAGCAACUACUUUGUGGGUUACCUGAGUGAGACCAGCACCACUCUGGCUGGAGCAGGUUUUACUGAAGAGAAAGACAACCUGAAAUGGGAUAUGACUGUUGCUUGGCCCCUUCAUGUGGAGUUCCCCAGAUCUAUGGUGGAGGUGGUCACCUCAUGGAAUCUGCCCAUGUCCCGAUGGCUCAAUACCUAUGUUUUUACCAGUGCUCGCAACCUUGGAACCUUUCCAGCCAUCCUAGUGACAUACACAGCCAGUGCACUUCUACAUGGUCUGAGCUUCCACCUAGGUGCAGUACUACUGUCUCUCGCGUUCAUUACAUAUAUUGAGCAUGUUUUGCGGAAGAGACUGGCAGACAUUUUAAACGCGUGUAUUCUGUCAAAGAAAUGUCAGCCAAACUGCACCCACAAGAACAAAAAGGCCCUGUGGGUGUACAUUAUUAAUAUAGCCUUCAGUGCCCUGGCAGUCUUCCACCUGGCAUACCUGGGCUCUCUGUUCAACUCCAGUGUGGACUACAUGGAUGAUGAUGAGGAGAGUGGCGUGGCCAACCACACCAUUCAGAAGUGGUCGGAGCUGAGCUGGGCCAGCCACUGGGUGACGUUUGGCUGCUGGGUGCUCUACCGCAUCAUCCUCUAGAUGUGUGAGGGAGAGGGAGCGAGAGAGAGCUGGGAACAGAGAGACAUAUAGAGAAGAGAAGCAAUAACAAGAGGAAAUUAAUGUGAGCCUGUUGAGGAAAGACCGGCUCUCUACUCCUGCACUGUGAAGUUGUAUUGGACUGAAGAGUACACACAACCACCCUAUGGACAGUAUAUUAACUAUUUUCUCAAUACCAACAUACAGUGCUCAGGACACCACCUAAGAGACGAGUUCAUCUACUUACUGUAACCUGCUGGUGACAAACUAUUUUUGAUACUCUUGAAAUAAUGCUCCACUCUUCCUUAAUCACAUCGUUUUGUUUGAGUUGCUGCAUUUGUCUACCCCUUGUGGCGAGAUAGACCAACAGCAGAUAUGGAUCAGACAUCUCCAUGCGAUUCUCAAUCAAUACCCAUCCUGUUAGCAUGACAGUGGUCAAUCAUUCACUCUCUUUGAUGAACAACUAAGAACCCGUUCUCUAGUUUUCAGAAGUGAUUCCGUAAUACGCCAUUAAAGUAAUAUUUUCCUUUUCCUCCAUAUUCGAAAGCUACAUUUUGUUAUUACACCCUACAUAGUUAUUACAUUUGUAGAGCAUGUAAAAACCCUUUUUUUAUGACCACACAAACCAGCAUUAUGAGAGCAUAUUUCCUUUGUGGAUUUUAAUAGAAAAUUAUGUUUGUAUUUUUAAUUUUAUUUUUAAUUUAUAGAAAUAAGUGUACAUUGCUGUUUGUGCAUUUAUACUAUGUUUUUC